AACUUCCAUUUCUGAGGCUGAGAGUUUCUUCAUUUGCCCUUCGCACGUUCAUUCCUUCUUCCUUCACUCCUCGGCGAGGUCUCGGAGAUUCCCACAAAUCGAGGAAUAGAAAAUGGCCGAAGCCGAGGAUAUUCAGCCCCUUGUCUGUGACAAUGGAACCGGAAUGGUCAAGGCUGGAUUUGCUGGAGAUGAUGCCCCGAGAGCUGUCUUCCCCAGCAUUGUUGGUCGCCCUCGCCACACUGGUGUGAUGGUCGGUAUGGGCCAAAAGGAUGCCUAUGUUGGUGAUGAGGCUCAAUCAAAGAGAGGUAUCCUCACCUUGAAAUAUCCGAUUGAGCAUGGUAUUGUUAGCAAUUGGGAUGAUAUGGAGAAGAUUUGGCAUCACACUUUCUACAAUGAGCUCCGUGUGGCGCCAGAAGAGCACCCGGUCCUUCUCACCGAGGCUCCUCUCAACCCAAAGGCCAACCGUGAGAAAAUGACCCAAAUUAUGUUCGAGACCUUCAACACUCCCGCUAUGUAUGUUGCUAUCCAAGCUGUCCUUUCCCUCUAUGCCAGUGGUCGUACAACUGGUAUUGUCUUGGACUCUGGAGAUGGUGUGAGUCAUACUGUCCCCAUUUAUGAGGGAUAUGCCCUUCCACACGCCAUUCUGCGUCUGGAUUUGGCAGGUCGUGACCUUACUGAUCACCUAAUGAAGAUCUUGACCGAGCGUGGUUACUCUUUCACCACCACGGCUGAGCGUGAAAUCGUCAGGGACAUGAAAGAGAAGCUCGCUUACAUAGCUCUCGACUACGAGCAAGAGAUGGAGACGUCAAAGACGAGCUCAGCAGUCGAGAAGAGCUAUGAACUACCCGAUGGGCAGGUCAUCACCAUAGGUGCUGAGAGAUUCCGCUGUCCUGAGGUCCUCUUCCAACCAUCCUUCAUCGGGAUGGAAGCAGCCGGUAUUCAUGAGACGACAUACAACUCCAUCAUGAAAUGUGAUGUCGAUAUCAGGAAGGAUCUUUACGGAAACAUCGUCCUCAGUGGUGGAACCACCAUGUUUCCGGGUAUCGCUGACAGGAUGAGCAAGGAGAUCACGGCUCUGGCUCCCAGCAGCAUGAAGAUUAAGGUCGUUGCUCCGCCCGAGAGGAAGUACAGUGUAUGGAUCGGAGGAUCCAUUCUUGCUUCCCUCAGCACAUUCCAACAGAUGUGGAUAGCUAAGGCAGAGUACGACGAAUCAGGGCCGUCGAUUGUUCACAGGAAAUGCUUCUAGACAUUGCAGAAGGUACAGCAAUCUGAGUUGUGGACUAAAGAAAAAAUUGCCCUUUUGUGCUCCUUAAUUCACAGAUGCAAAAUGGGUUAUUUACGACAUUUUUUCUUCUUCUUCUUCCUCUUCUUCAUUGUUCUUCUUCAUUUCUUGAGUUUCAUUUCAUGCCCUUUUGUUUUGGUGUUUUCUGCCAUUUAUAUCUAUAAGCCAAUGGACAAAGAGAUCGCUUGAUUUUGUAUUCUUUCUUUGUUUUUGUCAUUUCUCAAAACAUUGAAUAUGGAACCUUUAGAGUUCGUGUAA